AUGAAUCAAUUAGCAACAUUGAUAGAAUUACUUGGUAAAAAGUUGAAGACUUUGAGCCUCUGCUUUGUCUAUCAUAACAAUAUAGGUAUUUCGCCUCGAGUGAUCAAAGCCAUUGAGAACAUUGAAGAUUUGAAAUCGUUCAUGAUCUUUAGCGGACACGAAGAUUCAAAAUAUAGAACUCGUAAUUUAAAAUCAAUAACAGAAUUAUUCUCAGCAAUGCCCAAAAUCGAAUGGUUAAAAUUUAUGUGUGGUGCAAUAAAAAAAUUAGAUUUCAAACCUACGGCCUUGACCAAUUUACGUUGCCUUUCUUUUUCUUAUGACAAGAAUUCAAAAGUGUUAUCAAAUAUCAUUCGAACUUCAAAAAGCACUUUAAAAUUCAUUGAACUUAAUUCUGCUUUUGAAGAUUGUCAAGAUUUGAUUCAAAUUUUUGAACCGAUUCAAGAUACAUUAGAAGGGCUGGGUACAAUGUCAUUUAGUGAAGAUCUACCUGCUGAAUUUGCAAGUUUAGAUUUUCCAAAGUUGAGAGUCUUGAUAGACCAGUCUACCCGUCCUUAUCGUGUAAUGAGAGCAACAAAUGAACAUGUUCUAGCAGCUCCAAUGUUAAGAAAUGUUAGAACAGUGGUCACAGCCAUAGAAUCUACUACUUAUAGGUCUUAUUGGGAUUUGACAGAUUUAUUAGUUGGUGUGGAAGAAGUACCCAGCUUUAAACAUUUUGUUUUGACCAAAGAAGCAUGGAUUCAAGAUUAUAUUGUGAUUCCUCCUAAAUUUAUGGAAGACUACAAAUCUCGUGGAGUUCAAUUGCAUGUUACAAAUCAAGUUUCAUGUGAUGAACUGAUGGAAUUGGAUCUUAAGCUGAACGGACCGAUGAACUAG